UUGACCAAAGAGAUGGUUAUGGAGAAGCCAAGUCCCCUGCUGGUCGGGCGGGAAUUUGUGAGACAGUAUUAUACUCUGCUGAACCAGGCACCAGACAUGCUGCAUAGGUUUUAUGGCAAGAACUCAUCUUAUGUUCAUGGAGGUUUAGAUUCCAAUGGAAAACCAGCUGAUGCCGUCUAUGGACAAAAGGAAAUCCAUCGCAAAGUGAUGUCCCAAAACUUUACAAAUUGUCAUACCAAGAUUCGUCAUGUGGAUGCUCAUGCUACCCUCAAUGAUGGUGUUGUGGUCCAGGUGAUGGGGUUGCUAUCUAAUAAUAACCAGGCAUUUCGAAGAUUUAUGCAGACAUUUGUACUUGCUCCUGAGGGUUCUGUUGCAAACAAAUUCUAUGUUCACAAUGACAUCUUCCGAUACCAAGAUGAGGUUUUUGGUGGCUUUAUCACUGAACCUCAAGAAGAAUCUGAGGAAGAAGUAGAAGAACCAGAAGAAAGGCAGCAGACCCCUGAGGUUGUUCCUGAUGACUCUGGAACUUUUUAUGACCAGACUGUCAGCAAUGACCUGGAGGAGCAUCUGGAAGAGCCUGUUGUGGAGCCAGAGCCUGAACCAGAACCAGAGCCUGAGCAGGAAGCUGAAACUGAAAGUCAUGAAGAAAAAUCUGAACCAACUUUGGAAGAGCCUGUUUCUGAGGAGACUCAAAAGAGUUCAUCUUCUCCUGUCCCUGUAGAUACAGCUCCAGCAGUGCAGGAGGACCUGAGAACAUUUUCUUGGGCAUCUGUUACCAGUAAGAACCUCCCACCUAGUGGAGCUGUUCCAGUGUCUGGGAUACCACCUCAUGUUGUUAAAGUACCAGCAUCACAGGCUCGCCCAGAAUCAAAACCUGAAUCUCAGGCACCGCCACAAAGGCCCCAGAGGGACCAGAGAGUGAGGGAACAAAGAACUAAUAUCCCACCCCAGCGGGGACCCAGACCAAUUCGUGAAGGUGGUGAACAGGGUGAUAUGGAUACAAGGAGAAUUGUACGAUAUCCAGACAGUCACCAGCUUUUUGUUGGAAAUCUUCCACACGAUGUGGACAAAGCAGAACUAAAAGAUUUCUUCCAAAGUUUCUGUGUUUCGUUCAAAGGUUAUGGGAAUGUUGUGGAACUUCGAAUUAAUAGUGGUGGAAAGCUACCCAAUUUUGGUUUUGUGGUGUUUGAUGACCCAGAGCCUGUUCAGAAGAUCCUUGGCAGCAGGCCCAUCAUGUUCAGAGGUGAAGUGCGUUUGAAUGUUGAAGAAAAGAAGACAAGAGCUGCUAGAGAAGGUGAUCGUCGGGAUAACAGGCCACGUGGACCAGGAGGCCCACGCAGUGGCCUAGGUGGAGGAAUAAGAGGGCCUCCCCGUGGAGGAAUGUCCCAGAAACCAGGAUUUGGAGCCGGAAGGGGAAUUGGUCAACGUCAGUGAAUUUGGCGCAAAGAUCUUCACAUGACGGCACAAACCUUUGCUCCUGCAGCGUUGUGAAUUUCAGCCUUGGGUAUCUUGGAAUGUGACCCUAGCCUGUUAUAUAGACUGCCUACGUUUGAUACAAUUUCAGGCCCUUUUUUGUUUGUGUUAAUGGUUUUUUUGUGUGUGCUGUUCAUUCCCCGCUGCCCCCCCAAGUCCUUGUCCCCAAUUCCAUUUUUGUGGAACAAUAUUUUAGGAAAAGUCGAUUUUAAAAGAAGAAAAAAAAACUGAAAUUCUUGCUCACCUCAAAUAUACGGACUAGAUUUUUUUCUUCUUCUUUUUUUACAACAGCGGUUUUAUCCCAAAGGACUAUAUCUUUUGCUUAUAACUGAUAUUGGAAUAAUUUUCUUUUAUCUUUUCCACGUGUUCCAAGAAUCUGUCAGAAACCCAGGAUUUGGCAAACAUUUUGAGGGCAGGAAAAAACCCCUGUUGUUCAUUGAGGGCCAUGACUACUCUCUGGUUUGGAGUUGUUGCCACUGGAAAAAUUGACAGUCACACUUUUCUCUGGCAUGGUUAAAAAACGGAAUAAAGGGUAUUCAUAGAACUUUUUUUUGCUUUUGAUACGUGAUCACACAAAAUGAAUUCUAAACUACUGUUUUUACCACUUGCAAUUUUGGAUUGUGGGAUAAGUUUUAAAUGUGUAGAAUUCAACUCUUUAAAACGCUUUUCCUGAAUUUGUGGAAAAAAUUUUUUAUUGGAGUAGGGAGUUUUUUCAUGUUUUAGUUUGUAUUUGUAAAAAAACAAAACAAAACAAAAAAACAGCAAAAUGUUGUGCCUUCUAUUUAUCUCUCAUUCCAGUCUUGGCAAAUUGUUUAAAAAUAAAUAAAAAAUAAAAACAUCUAGAUUGCUUUAUCA